ACCCAUUCCAUGCGUGCGGUCACGUGUAAUCUUGUCGACUGGUGAGAAGUUAUUGUUAUUGUCUCAUUACACAGAAUUUAAUACUUAAUCAAAAUGAGAAACGUCGAAAUCAAAGCAAAAAUCGCUAACUUAAAGAAUCUUCUGGCGAAUAUCAGUAAAAUCUGCGAUAAGGAACCAGAAAAUAUAUCGCAGCACGAUGUUUUCUACGAGGUACCAGCAGGCAGGUUGAAACUACGGCGUUUUAAGGAAGGAGACGCCGAAUUGAUUUUUUAUGAUCGACCAGACUGCAAAGGGCCCAAACUAAGUGAUUUUGAGAAGUGUUACUUACCAUUUGAGCAGGUUGAUGGGAUGAACAAGGUGCUGACAAAGGCAUUUGGUGUUAGAACAGAAGUAGUGAAGAACAGGCAGUUGUUUAUGGUUGGUCAGACUAGAGUUCAUGUGGAUAAAGUGGAAAAUCUUGGAGAUUUUGUUGAAUUGGAGGUAGUGUUAAAUAAUGAGCAGAGUAUUGAAGAUGGGCAAGAAAUUGCCAAUGAUAUUAUGAAAAAAUUGGGCAUUGAAGAAGAAAACUUACUUGCAACAGCAUAUGCUGAUUUGUUGAAGAAAUAAACAUUAACUCUUACUAUUUCCUUAUAAUUUUAUAUUCAAAUAGGUAUGAGUUUAAAAUAAACGCCUACGAAUGCAA